UUCGCCCUUUUUCCUACACAGCAAUAAUAGUAACAAUUAAUAAUGGAGGCUGACCAUAGAGUCAAUGAAGAAAAUGGAAAAGCCUUAUCCUCUUUUCAAGUCCAAUCCCAACCACCACCACCACCGCUAUCACAGCCUUCUUCCCCGCCCCAGCCGGUAAGGAACUUGAUCAUGGUGGCCGCGAUAGCCGCCGGAAUUCAGUUCGGAUGGGCGCUACAGCUUUCUUUGCUGACCCCAUAUGUCCAGCUUUUGGGGAUUUCCCACAAAUUGGCCCCCAUAAUUUGGCUUUGCGGUCCCAUAUCUGGGAUGCUUGUCCAACCCAUGGUUGGUUACUACAGUGAUAACUGUACCUCCCGCUUUGGCCGCCGCCGUCCUUUCAUCGCUGCCGGAGCUAGCCUCGUCGCCAUCGCCGUUGUCCUUAUUGGUUUCGCUGCUGACCUCGGUCAUAUGUGCGGUGACACUCUUGGCAAAACCAGCAAACCCCGUGCUAUUGCUGUCUUCAUUGUUGGCUUUGCCAUCCUUGAUGUCGCCAACAACAUGUUACAGGGACCAUGCAGAGCUCUUCUGGCUGAUCUGUCAGAUGGGAAUGCGCGCAAGACGCGUAUGUCAUAUGCAGGCUACUCAUUUUUCAUGGCAGUAGGGAAUGUGUUGGGUUAUGCAGCCGGUUCAUACAGUAAACUUUACAAAUUAUUCCCAUUUACCCAAACAAAAGCCUGUGACAUCUACUGUGCAAAUCUCAAAAGCUGUUUCAUAAUCUCAAUUGCACUUUUAUUAACCUUAACAAUUCUGGCUCUGACCUUUGUACGAGAAAAGCCCUUCUCUGGACCCGACCCGGGAAGUGCGGAUGGAACCGAGAGUGGGAAGCAUCACGCAAAAAUACCCUUUUUCGGGGAAAUAUUCGGUGCUCUCAAGGACUUGCCUAGACCCAUGUGGAUUCUACUUGUAGUGACGUGUUUGAACUGGAUUGGUUGGUUCCCUUUCUUCUUGUUCGACACUGAUUGGAUGGGAAGAGAGGUGUACGGAGGAAAGGUGGGAGAUAGUUUGUACGAUAGAGGGGUGCAUGCGGGUGCACUGGGGCUCAUGCUUAACUCGGUGGUGCUGGGUUUCGCGUCGGUUGGAGUCGAGCACUCGGCGCGUGUGAUUGGUGGGGUGAAGAGAUUGUGGGGUGUUCUUAACUUUAUUCUUGCAGCUUGUUUGGCCUUCACGGUUUUGAUCACCAAACUCGCGGACUCCACGCGCCGCGCCAAUGGAUCACCAGCUGAGGGCGUCAAGGUGGGGUCCUUGGCCCUUUUCUCGGUUCUCGGAGUUCCCCUAGCGGUCACCUACAGCAUACCUUUUGCUUUAGCGUCAAUAUUUUCGACGGAUGUUGGCUCAGGACAAGGUCUUUCACUAGGGGUUCUGAACCUUGCCAUUGUUGUUCCUCAGAUGUUGGUUUCUCUUCUGAGCGGACAAUUUGACGCCUUGUUUGGAGGUGGUAACAUACCAGCAUUUGUUGUAGGGGCCGUUGCUGCUGCCAUUAGUGGAAUAAUAGCAUUCACAAAAUUACCAUCUCCACCAGCAGAUGUUCCAUCGCAUAAGACUCAAGCAAUUGCUGCAUUCCAUUGAAUUAAACCAAUUGUCUUAGGAUGAAUUAUUGUCUUUUCCAUCUGUCAUCCCUUUUUUAGCUGGACGUGUUUCAUCUUUGAACAGUAAAAUUGUAAAAGACAUCCCAAAUGGUGUUUUGCAGAUCAUAUGAAGAACAAUCUACAGAUUUGUGUGCUGCAUAGACCCUUGUCUUUCUGUCCUUCAUAAGAAAUUCUAGAGGUGAUCAAGCAUCAUCCUUGCUGCAAGCUCAUUGCCAACAUCAAAGAUGUUUGGCAGGGUCAUUUCCAGAAAUUUGUACCACGAAAAGUCUAAAAUAUCCAGUUUUAUCUUCAAAUUUUGA